GCCCCGGAAGUCGAGCGGAAGUCGAGCUCACGUGGGCGCCGGCGCCCCGAGCUCCCAUGGCCCGCUCUCGGCGCACCGGCGCGCACCGCGCGCACUCCUUGGCCCGCCAGCUGAAGGCUAAGCGGCGGCGACCGGACCUGGAUGAAAUUCACAGGGAUUUGAAGCCCCACAGUGCCGCCCGCCGGCCCCAGCCCGACGCAGAGCCUGACCCCGACUUGCCCGGUGGCGGCCACCAUCGUUGCUUGGCCUGCGCGAGAUACUUCAUUGAUACUGCCAGCUUGAAGAAUCAUUUGAAGUCCAAAGAUCAUAAAAAAAGGCUGAAACAGCUGAGAGUAGAACCCUACAGUCAGGAAGAAGCAGAGCGGGCAGCAGGCAUGGGCUCUUAUGUGCCCCCCAAGAGGUUGGCAGUGCCUACGGAUGUAUCCACUGAGACAUCUGAUAUGGAGGUGGCCAGCUAAUGCUGCCCAAAGGCAGAGGAAACCAUUCUUGGAUAGCGAAGCCAGGCUGAGCUGGCUGGACUGUGUCUUUCCCUCAUCUUUCAGAACAGAAACUAAUUCCUCUUUCCCAUUAAAGGAAAUGAGCUGC